AUGCCGCAGCUCGCCAGCCAUGUACAGGUCUCGUUGCAUCCCCUAGCUUCCCGUCACGGUGCCACCUCAUCCACGCUCGUGUCCGUGUCACCACAACAACAUCCUCGCGACGAGCCAUCAGCUCGCGACGAUGGUCAGGGAACGCCACGCUUGCAUCGCUCUUCCCCCGAGCAACAGUGGUCGCGACCUCCACGUUCGCCCUCGCCCACGUCUCUGCCCCAGCCCGCUCGGUCGUCCAGCUCCAAACCGCCAAGCUACGGCAUCCUUCACGCCGACCUCGAGCAGUAUCCCGUCAUCUACGACGAACCUGUCCCCUCCGCUAGCAGCAGCAACAGCAGCGACGACAGCAGCAGUAGUGGUAGCGAGGACGAGCAUGAUGACGAUGGCGACGACACUUUUGACGAUGCGUUCACCCACAACAGCCGCAGACACUCUCCCGCCCUUCCACGCCGUCGGUCUCCCUCCAAGCGCAAGCUUGCCGCUCCCAUCCGUGCCAUGUCGGCAGAGCAGCUCGCGCUCUUGCAUCAACAAUACGUUGCGCAAGACGUGCCGCACAGUGUCGUCUUCCCUUACCUCCACGGCGUCGACGGUACCAUCCCUGCCCAGAAUCAUUUCUUCGGCGCUCCUAUGAGCGGACAACACACACCGUCGUACCGAGGCCUCACCAUUCUUCGUGCCGAUAUGCCAUCGCGUCAAGAGAUCGAGCAAUUGUACGCUUCCAGAGCCACUCAGCCUCAAGGCAGAACUCGUGCUCACACUUUCUCUAGCGUCACCACACAAUCAUCCGGCAGCUCUCCCGACACCGACGACGAGUCGGCGCGCUUCGAGCCAAGCUGGACCAACGCGUUCAAGAGCCCGUCGGGCCUCGCCGAUCCCGUGCCCAUCUCGACCGCAUCCACCACAUCUGUUUCGCCAUCGACCACUUCCACCGUGUCGUCCCAGUUUUCCAGACCCUCGCUCUUUUCGGUCGCGUCCGAGAGCUACAGUUCGGGCUCCCGCACCAGCGUCUCGACCGUCAGCGACAUGACCGAUGACGACGCUCAUUCGCCUACCAAGCACCUUGGUCCCAAUGGCAAUGCUUCUGGCGAGUUCGAAAAGCAGCCGCGUCGGUCGUUGCUCAACUCGACCGUCUUCCCCUCCGAGAUCAUCAAGCCGCCCACCCUCUGCCGCACCAUGUAUGGUCGCAACAUCUAUGACGACCUCUCAGAGCCCGGUUAUCGCGACCAAUACGCUGCGGACCACGUUCGCAGGACCGGGGCCAGCUUCGUCAAUCCCCCGCAAGCGUCUGGCGUUAGUCUGCGCAACUUCAAGAUCCAGUGCGCCAAGUACGCCACCAUCUCCGACGUUGUCAUCUAUUGCCCCUUCGGCUACCACCCGGGCGUCCUCACGCUCGCAAAGUGGGUCAGAGAAGCGCAAGCGUCUCUGCGCAAGGAGCGUCUCUCUCGCGGUUGGGGCGGCUUGCAGUACAACGUUUUUGUCGUCACCGAGCCCUUUGAGGUCUUUGAGGAACGUUUCCCAUUGCUCGUCACGGUCGACAGCAACGGUUUCGACCGCAACCGCGUCGAUUUCGUCGAUCGCGAGCGCGACGAGAUGGAGAGGAUGACGCACGCUACCGAAAUCCACGACAAUGUCUGGCUCGGCUGCACCGCCGAUGCGCCCGGCCUUGUCAAAUCAGGUCCUUGGCAAGAGAGCAGCGGCGAGGACAGCGCGCCCAUCACACCAGACGAGCAGGCUAACCCGAACUGCUUCUCGGUCUGCAUCAGUUGCGAAGAAGAGCGCUCCUCGAAUUCCAGCGCCUGCACCUCCGAAGUGCUGCGCAACGCUGCUCAGUACCUCGACUCGGUCGAUGCCUCGAUGCGAGUCGACAACGAUACCGACAAGCUCCUCGACAGUCUCCAUCGAGACCACCUCUUCCAUCUCAAUGGAAGCCCCGUCGGCGAGUCCGUCUACGAUGGCUUCCGCAAGCAGGAGUCGCGCGACGGAUCCAUCGUGCUCGGUCCCAACGGCUGGACACCCAAGCCGCGAUCUGUUCCCGUCCACACAGACGCCUCUGCCUCGCCGUUCGUGCAAGCCAAGAGCUCGAGCGCCAGUCUGAGGCAGCGCAGCGAUCUUCUGCGUCUCGACGCCGGCGCCAUCGUGCAGCUGGAUUACCAGACUGGCAGCGCCGGAGCUCCGCGCACGCACAGCUGGCAGGACAAGAUGGCCAAGAAGAUCGUCGACCUGUGCAUCUGGAUCCAACAGCAAGCAUCGCCUCCACGUCCGCAGCACGCAGUUCGCGAUGCUCCUCCUGCCUUCAACUCGAUCUCCUCGACGCUUCGAACCUUCCGUGACGCAGCCAGAUCGCCCACCCGCUCCUUUUCGCCCAAUCAUGGCCGCGAACGCGAACGCGCUUCGCACCCUCGAGUCGAGGAACGCAGCCUUGCUGUACGUCGACCUAGGCGAGUGCUGCUUCAUUGCCCGGACGGAUAUACCGAGACAUCGGUGUUGGCGCUUUCCUACCUCAUGUACGCUCGCGAGCUGAGCUUGCCGGAGGCGUACCUCGACCUUCAAUUGCGAGCCGAUCGUUCGUUCUUCGUGUACCCUGCCGACGUUGUUUUGCUCGAGACGGUGGAUCGACUGCUGCAGCAGACGCGCGUCGCACGCAGCCAAAGCAUGCCUGACCUCACGGACGUCAGCGUUGACGUGCGCAGAAGUCGCCAUACCGUGUCCAAGUCGUUUAGCGGCUCGUUGAUCGCAGACAGCCGCCAAACCGAGGUGCGCCGCUUGUCUUUGUCUACCACAGCGCAAGGCGGUCUGCCUACCACCGAGAUGGCAGGCGGCAUAUGCCGAACCUCGACGCCGACACCAACCAAGUAUCGCAGCGGUGUCACCGAGAUCGAUGCCUCGGACUCGGUGGAGAAGCACGAUUGGUUCGACAAGUCUCGCUUCGACGGCUCAUUCCCGUCGCGUAUCCUGCCGUUCCUGUACCUUGGCAACCUCGAUCACGCAUCCAACGUCGACAUGCUUCGUGUGUUGGGUAUCACGCAUCUGGUAUCGGUGGGUGAGACUGCUCUGGAACCUCCGGCACACAUCUCUGCGAAGGUGAAUCCUUCGCGCAAAGAGCACGGACGCAGUCGCUACCAGCGAGCCUCCGCGAAAGCAGCUCUAUCCGAAGAUCCGACGACGGUGCCAUCCUGCACGUACCGAUCGCAGGAUAUCAACGUGCUCAACGUGCGCAAUGUGUCGGACGAUGGCAUCGACUCUUUGAGGGGCACGAUGCGCGAGGCGGUGCAGUUCAUCGAGGCUGCGCGUCUCUCUGGCGGCAAGACGCUGGUGCACUGCCGUGUCGGCGUAAGCCGCAGCACGACCAUGGUGCUGGCGUACGUCAUGGCUCACCUUGACCUGGGCCUGGUAGAGAGCUACCUGCUGGUGCGCAGCCGUAGGCUCAACAUUGUCAUCCAGCCGCAUCUGCUCUUCCUGUGGGAGCUGCGAGGGUGGGAGUCGUUCCUGCACCGAGCCAAGCAGGCGCAGAUCCAGCUGCUGCGCGGACGCGUCGGGUCUCCAGACCUGGUGAGAGGUGAGCUUCCUCGCGAAGCUUCUCACAAGCUCUCGGUGCUCUCGAUCCGCGGCAGUUCGAAUCGCAGCGAUUCGAACUCGGGCUCGUACAGGUCUGCACGCUCGUCGCCUGCCGGGUCGCCCGUGGCGACGAGCACGACUCGGAUGGCCAAUGCCGAUGAGACCUCGGCCGCCACGGCGGAAUGGAGCGACGAGCAUCUGGCUGGCGUCGAGAUCGGUGCAGGUGCCGGAAGCGUGCACGGAUUCGACAUGGCACACUCUGCCAUGAUGCCGUUCGGGUCCGGCAGUCCGACAGGACUGCCUUACAGUGCUUCACGCUUGACGUGGGGCCACCUGGCGCGUGAGAUUGCCGACCUCAACUCGCGCUACUUUGUGUAG